AUGUCUACUCACACAAUGCAAUCGUCGACGAUGCAAUUUGGCCCUGAAUGGAUGCGCGUUAAGCAACCUGCGAAAACCCCACAAGGACCGUCACCACCCCCGCCAACAGGAAAUGCUGCAAGCGCGUCCAGCUAUUCUGCCUUGGUGUCGCCUUCUCCAGCCCCGCCAGUCGAAAAGCGGGACGAAACCCAUCCAUUCAGGUAUACAAGGGACGAGAUGCUCAAAAUCUACCGUGAUGGGGGAGGAAAGGCCAGUCUUGGGCUUGAGGUCGAGCGGCACGAGGGAAUCGUAAGAGAUGUUGGAACGGAGCCAGUCACUUUGAAAGAAAUGAGCGACUCGGAAAAGAAGCUCUUUGCCAACGGACUCAACUCUGAACUUCGCCGUCGCCCCUCCAUUGACACUGACCGGCCCCGUCUCCCUCAUAAUAACUCUGGGACGGGGAGUCCGUUGCGAGAGCGAUUUCCCAGGCGUCGGGAAAGCUCAGACCAGUUAGUACCACGACGACUUUCUUUGUCCAACAGCCAGGCUCCUCUUUCCCCUGCCCUUCCCUCCCCUCGUACUCGAUUUGGACAUCCUCCGACCUUUGAUGGGGUUCUAAAUGGUGGCGGGGAAACAUGGGUGGCCAGACGUCGUCUUUCCGAAGCCAAGGCCGCCAACGCGUCGCGUGAUCCUGAAUCACACGAGGCGCGCACCACAGACAUCCGGGAAGAGGAUGAGGAGCCAACCCCUCCUCCAAAGGAGCUCACUCCCCCAAUGCAAAAACCAGAGCCUAAUGGAGCGGAGGUCAAACAGCAACAACCACCUCAAGAUUUCGCCGCAGUCCAGUGGUCCUACCUAGAUCCACAGGGUCAAUUGCAAGGCCCAUUCCGCGCCGAUACGAUGCAAAAGUGGUUUGACGAAGGUUACUUCACCGCCGAGCUUUUAAUGAAGAGGACCCACAUCGAUGUUGAUUGGGUGGCUGUCAAGGAUUUGGCUCAAAUCGCACGAUCUGCCGGUAUCGACAAGUUGUUCUACGCUCCUUCUGUUCCUCCAGCUCCCCCCGGCAUUUCCCGUCUAAACAGCGAAUCAUCUGCUCAAAAUGUCCCUGAUGCGAAUUCGUUUGCUGCACCAUUGCAGCCUGCCCCCGUCCGCACUCUCCGUAGCACUACUUUGGAUGCUUUCUCCACAAACUCUGACUCUCCUUCCUCGUCAUUCGGCACAGGUCGUUUUGGAAACGGAUCCCCCGACUCCAACAGUUUUGGUGGUCGAGCCAGCAGUCAAUACUCUGCCGAAGCCGCUCGAUUUGGUGUCCCUCCCGAAAACUCAUCUUCCUUGCGUCGAACCGGCUUUGGUGACCCAACACUUGAUCAUUCUGCACAUAAUCCUCGGUAUACCGGCAACGAGAUAUAUGGCACAAAUGGAAUGUCUCAAACAGCUUGGCCGGUUGGUCAGACGUUUGACACUGGUUUUGGUGUUGCUGGUUUGGGCCAAGGAUCUGGUUUUGGACAUCUUCGCAACGUUCAGGAUGCAGGUUUUGUCAACGAUACUCCUUUAGCUGUCCCAGAAUACCUUGCGAGCAAUGCUGGGUUCGGCCCUGGUCAACAGUAUAAUCCUCUACAUGGAGGUUCCUUCAUUCCAUCACAAUCUCCCGCCGCCAACUUAUUUGCGCAAGGGUCUAAAGCGCCUCCCCCUCCACCAACCGUUGUUGCAACCCAAUCGCCUUGGGGUGCUCCGCGAGUUGCUUCUGAUUCCGCGAGGUUACCACAAAAUCAACCACCCAGCCCCGUCCAAGCUUCCCCUUGGGGUGCCCCAGCUAUGGCAUCCACUCCUUCUGUACCUAAACCUGCAGAACCCUCUCCAUGGUUUGCUGCCUCGCAAGGUGUCAUUGACGACAGCAGCUGGAAAGAAGAUCGCGGUCAUAGUCUUACCUUCAGUAAUCUUGGGCAACACAAUCAGCAGUUUGCCGCUACGACUACAGAAGAAGCUCCGAAGGCCCAACCCAUUCCAUCUCCAGAGCCGCUCGCAACAGAAACCCCAGCGAAAGCUACUCAACCAACUAAAGCUAGGGCUAAAUCUAUCCAACAACCUGUUGUUCAGCAACCGGCUGUCGCCCCAGUGGUUGCAGAGAACGAGCCUGUCAUUCCGGCUGGACAGUCAAAGACCGCAUGGGCAAAGGACGAUGAUUCAAAACGGCCCAAACCUUCAGGAGUCACUCUCAGCUUGCGAGACAUUCAAGAUGCUGAGGCCAAAAAAGCUGCAACUCGCAAGGUGGCUGCAACAACUACCCGUCCUACUCCUUCUACUGCGCCUUCCACUGACGAAAUUCAACCUUUCACUGCCUCGUGGGGAUUACCAACAUCACAAGCCGGUGCCAGACCACCUCCAGUCAAAGAGGCUCCUCCUGUUGUUGCUUCGACGGCCAGUGGAACUUCAGUGGGGGCUUCUGGUACUCCAGCCCCUGUCUGGACAAAUGCAGUGAAAACGACUGCGACCAAAAAGUCGAUGAAGGAGAUUCAAGAAGAGGAGGAGAAGCGGAAGAAAUUAGCUGUGAAGGAGAGUGUUGCGCCGGCUGCUCGCAGAGCUUAUGCGGAAUCAACAACUAAGGCUGCGGCUCCUCCCCCAACCACUGGAGGCGGUGCUUGGACAACUGUCGGGGCCCCCAAAGCCAGCGCACAGACCCCAGCAGCAGCACCUACUCGUUCUGCAGUGCCCAAUGCGACUCCGGCCGCGAGCUCAUCUAAUGCUCCCCGAACGAAUGGGACAACUGCUCCUCCGAGAAGUGCCCCUCCGCCAGCUAAAGCACCUGUUGCCAGGCCAGAAGAGCACCCUGCUACUCCAUCCCAUGAGUUUGUGCGAUGGCUGAGUGAUGCCCUGAAAGGUCUCAAUAGCUCAGUGAAUGUGGAAGAAAUCAUGUCCAUGUUGCUGUCUUUCUCUUUGGACCCAGAUGCAUCCACAGUUGAGCUAAUCUCUGACCUGAUCUAUGCCAAUAGCACGACACUUGAUGGUCGUCGAUUUGCCUCGGAGUUUGUCAGCAAACGCAAGGCGGACGCACUAUCUCGACCAAAGGCGGGUACAACCAAACUUGUUUCGAUUGCAGAUGUGGUCAAGGCUCAGCCGAAGCCACCGGCCUCGUCGGAAUGGGGUGGAUUCAAGGUCGUGAACAAGAAGAAGAAAGGAGGACGAUCGUAA